AUGGCACCUUAUGAGGCACUUUAUGGCCAUAAGUGUCGCACUCCUUUAUGCUGGACUGAUUUGGGUGAGCGACGAGUUCUGGGUCCUAAACUAGUUUUUGAUACUGAGGAUAAAGUCAGAUUGAUACAGGAUCGACUGAAAGCAGCAUCCAAUAGACAAAAGUCUUAUGCGGACUUGAAGCGACGCGAGAUCAAGUUUAUUAGACUCUAUCACAUACUGAAACGAGUGGGACCGGUUGCUUACCAAUUGAAGCUACCUCCAAAGUUAAACCGUAUUCACGAUGUGUUCCAUAUCUCAAUGUUGAGGCACUACCGCUCUGAUCUCAUGCAUGUUGUUCCUGUGGAGGAGAUCGAGGUUAGGCCAAAUCUGACCUUCGAGGAAGAGCUGGUUCAGAUAUUGGAUCGCGACGUUAAGACUCUGAGGAGAAAAUCCAUUCUACUGGUUAAGGUUCUAUGGCGGAAUCAUAGCACUGAGGAGGCUACAUGGGAGCCUAAGGAUGCGAUGCGUCAGUAG